UGGCAGAAGAGGAUCCUGAGUCACUACACUAGUGACUGUGUGUUUCACCCCGAGUCAACCCUGGGGAGGUGGAGGUUUGAUGUGGAAUUUGCCAUCUUCUUCCAGGUCAUAGUUUCUGCCCUACUCCUUCUGGCUUCUCUCUGCAGCACAGAGGAAAAUGGGAAGUUCCCUAGAUUUCCCUCUGCUCAACCUGCUUGUCUGCCUCGUCUUGGUCCAGCUGCUUACCCCUUGCUCGGCUCAGUUUGCUGUGAUUGGAGCCCCUGGGCCCAUCCUGGCCCUAGUUGGUGAAUAUGCUGAUCUGCGCUGUCAUCUGUCUCCAAUGAUAAGCACGGAGACCAUGGUGCUAAUGUGGGUGAGAUCCAGCCUUGGGCAGGUAGUAUACUUGUUUACAAAUGGGAAGGAAGUAGAAAACGUACAGAUGGCAGAGUACCAAGGGAGAACUUUGAUUGUAAGUGAUGACAUCACUGAAGGGAAGGCUACUUUCCAAAUUUACAAUGUCAGAGCCUCCGACAGCGGAAACUACCUGUGUUAUUUCCAAGAUGAUGACUUCUCUGUAAAAGCCAUGGUGGAGCUGAAGGUUGCAGCACUAGGUUCUGAUCUUUACAUUGAAAUGAAUGGUUAUGAGGAUAGAGAGAUCUAUCUGGAGUGCAUUUCCACCGGGUGGCAUCCCCAGCCCGUAAUACAGUGGAGAGAUGCCAAGGGAGAGGACAUGCCAGCUGUGGCAGCAUCUUUGGUUACAGAUAGAGAUGGCCUAUAUGCAGUCACAGCAUCUGUGACUGUGAAAGGCACCUCUGGGGUAGGGGUAUCCUGUAUCAUCAGAAAUCCCCUCCUCAGGCAGAGAAAGACCACCAAGAUUUCCAUUGCAAUUCAGUACCCCACUUAGCCUCAGGUAACUGUGCUGAGUUGUGGCUAUUGAAUGGAGGAUGAGUGAUUCUCUGUUGCUGACUCGGGUCUCUGUAGUGAAUAUAAGGCACAGAGCAGGGAUCCAGAGCCUUCUUCUUACUAAAGGGAUAUUUCUUUUCCCCAUAAAAACGUUUAUGUCACAAAUAUUUACUAAGUAUUUCCUGUGUGCUAGAAACUGCGACAGGCAAUGGGAAUUGGGGGAAAAUGGUAAAG